CAGCGUGCGCAUGCGCGGUGCGGGAGGGCCGGCGGAGGGUUGUAGUGUCCAACUGCAGGAAUAGGCUGAGAGGGAUCGUGAUUUUCAACCUUAUCAAGUGUUCUCAGUCCUGGUUUCAAAACUUCUGUUCUGUUCCAGAGAAGCUGUGUCCUGUUUCUGUAUGAAUGUUCCAGGUUUAUUUCAUUUUGCAUUCUUACUGAGAGGGGUGCAAACACCAUCAUGGACACGGUGGAUUUUGAGGAAGCAGCAGCUCUCUCUGCCCAGCGUUCCCUUGCUCCAGGCAGAAAGAAAAAACUCUCUGAAACUCCUUGAACUAAGGGAGGCAGAAUUAGAAGAACAGUUUGUAAGAGGUGAUGGUCCAGGAGGUCAAGCCACAAAUAAGACAAACAACUGUGUUGUCCUGAAGCAUAUUCCAUCUGGGAUUGUAGUGAAGUGUCAUCAGACAAGAUCAGUGGAGAAGAACCGAAAGAUUGCCAGAGAAAUCCUGCAGGAAAAAGUUGACCUUUUCUACAAAGGUGAAGACAGUGAUGUUUUUAAAGAGAAGAAGGCAUCAGAGAAGCAAAAGCAGGAGAAAAAAAGAAGAGCAAAGGAAAACCUAGAAAGGAAAAAGCUUUUUAAAGAGAUGCAACAAUUGGAUAAGGAAUAAACAUGUGAAAUACUGACUUGCCCUAGCAGGGAGCAAAUGCAGCUGUGUUUCCUUUGUCACCAUUACUCUGAAGCCACUCCUGAAGUACAUUUUUCCUGGUUUUAUCCUGUUAACAACUCCAGCAGCUUAACCAGAACUUCUUUCACCUUUGGACAGCACCCUCACCAACUGCCACCAUAUUUGGGCCUUCAACAAAGACCCAAAGCCAGAGUGUGGAUUUUGAAGGCAACAGAGACUUCUAGAACUUCACCUCCUUGUCCCAGAGACCAACUGCACUCUGUGCCAUGGAUGGAGUGUUCUAGCAAUCUGCAGUUCCUUUCCCUUGUCCUUUCCUAAACUCCUGCAUGAAAGUUAAAUUUAUUUCUGUUGACAGUUCUUGCUCCUGGAGUAUGAAUCUGAUUAAAGUGACUGUACAUAGUUUUAAUACAAACUGUUAAUGAAAAUAAGCUUUAUUACGUCAAGUAAUAAAUACAUACAAAGAUGCAAAUAACAGUUUUAGUAAUUUAUCCAGAAUGUUCCCUUUUCUUUUUUUUUUGUUUUUGUUUUUGUUUUUGUUUUUGUUUUUGUUUGCAAACUUUAAACUGAAAUCUCCAGCCUUAAUGUAGAAAUUAGCUUUCCAGGACCUUGUUAUUAUUUAAUAGGUUUCCCUAUUUUCCAUAUAGCUCAUGCACUUUAAGUGGACUUCAAAGCACUAACAGUCAUGCAAAUGUUUAUGCAAAAUGAACAAAAAAAGGAAAAAUAAGAGAAGGGGAAGGUUAUUUCUAAGCAGGGUCUAUGCUGUAUGACAAUUUGUGACUUAGCAGACUACUAGGUACAGCAUGCUAUUCUGCAGUUAUUAAAAAAAAUCCUUAGAGCUUAUGUCAAACUUUGAAAGAUUGACGUUUUGGGGAUAAGUCAACAUAGUCAAAGGAAAAAAAA